AUGACAACUUUACCCUCAGCCAAUCAGCGGAAUCGAUACCUUAUCCCUGCUGCACUCGCUUCACUUCUUUUCAUUGGGUCUCUUCGCAUUGUUUUUGAUAGCUUGAAAAACAGCUACCACACCCGUGACUUUCUUAAGCCACAAAGUGGCGGAUAUCAUGUGGUAAGACAGCCCAUUCGUGUUUCUAACGAUGAAACUAUCGAAAAAGGUUGCAAUAUAUUUGAAGGGAAGUGGGUUUGGGACAAUGAGUCACACCCACUCUACACAGAAGAAAGUUGCCCUCUUUUGGUUAAACAAGUGACUUGCCAAAAAAAUGGGAGGCCUGAUUCAUCAUAUCAGAACUGGAAAUGGCAACCUGAUGGAUGCAAUUUGCCAAGGUUCAAUGCUCUAAAACUGUUGGAGAUUUUAAGGGACAAGAGACUCAUGUUUGUAGGAGACUCGGUACAAAGAAGCAUGUUUGACUCAAUGGUGUGUUUGGUCCAAUCUGCAAUUCCAGAGGGUAAAAAAUCCCUAAAAAGGGUACCUCCUAGGAAGAUCUUUAGGGCCGAGGAAUACAAUGCGUCCAUCGAGUUCUACUGGGCUCCUUUCCUAGUCGAGUCUAUUUCAGAUCAUGCAACAAAACACACAGUAAUGAAACGCCUAGUCAGGCUCGAUUCAAUAUCUAAUCACAGCAAACAAUGGGAAGGAGUCGAUAUUUUAGUCUACGAGAGCUAUGUUUGGUGGAUGUAUAAACCUGUGAUCAAUGCCACGUAUGGUAAUCUUGAUAAGGUUCAGGAGUACAAUGUAACCACUGCUUACAGAUUAGCAAUGGAAACUUGGGCAAACUGGAUAGAAACUAGCAUCGAUUCUCAUGCCCAGAAAGUCUUUUUUAUGACCAUGUCUCCAACACACUUGUGGAACUGGGAAUGGAAGAAUGGCGAUGGCGGGAACUGUUUCAGCGAGUCACAACCAAUACAAAGGCCAUACUGGGGAACCGGUUCAAAUCUUGAUAUUAUGGGAAUCGUGAAAGAUGUCCUGGGACGGCUGCGGGUUAAUGUCAGAUUACUAAACAUUACUCAACUGUCAGAAUAUAGGAAAGAUGGUCACACAUCGGUUUAUGGUGAAAGGAAAGGAAAACUGUUGACGAAAGAGCAAAGAUCAGAUCCAAAAAACUUUGCAGAUUGCAUUCAUUGGUGUCUACCUGGGGUCCCCGACAUAUGGAAUGAGAUUUUGUACGCAGUUUUGUUACAGGAUUAUCGCGAAUUUUGAUAUCAUAGAACAGAAAAACUUAUUCAAAAUGUAUCAUUGUCUUAUAAAAGUCAGAAUCCAAACAAAUUAUAGGCAAGGUAAUCAAAAGCAGGAACCUUAGGUAAAUAUAAAUUAGCUUUGCUUCUGAAAGUCAUGGAGAACUUUACUGAACCAGGCAUGUAGAACCAACUUGAGUCUUAUGCAAGCAUGACCUUCACAGGUCAUGUACCUAGACCGAACCUACACAAUUACCUAUUUUCUUUCCAAAAAAACAGGCUUCGACUUGAUUAACUCAGAACACAGAGUUACGGUUAGCCGGAAUAGGUAGGAAAAAAAACAGAACAGAAAGCAAAGUUUGCCAUUUUCCAGCUUAAAUGUAUGCCAUAUACGAUAUACCAUAACCAAAGACCAGACACAAGUUAUUGCCAUUACAAAUAUAAAGAGAUACCUCCUUACCUUGGGACAUAUACAACACAGUCGGACAGCGAAAUUUUGGAAAAACCAUCAAAACACCAUACGCAAAGUCGUUUCAUUCCCAAAAUCCCACACAAGGUUACCAGUUGCAUGCUUUGGAAUCAUAAAGACAAAAGACCGGUCAGAGAAGAAGAACAUCAUUUAUAGAAAUUGCAGAUUUUAACCAAAUUCUCUGUAUUGAUUGUUUGAUAUGUAAGGGCAGAAGUGUUUAUAGAGAAGCCCAUUUCUCUAUUGAGAAAAAAAUACAUAUAAUCCAUGGGUUUAUUAUGUGGCACUAA